AAAAAACAAACUCAGCAUUGACUUAAGCUACCGCACCAUUAGUUCUUCUUGGUCUGAACCAUUAAACUAGACUCACACGCGCACCCAUCACCGUCUGAUCUCGAUCGCACGGACAAUGGCGUACCGCAGCGCCAUCGUGCGCAGAGCCCAAGAGGCCAGCCACCGCGACACAUGGCGAGCCGCUCUCUCCGAAUUCAUCUCCACACUCAUCUUCGUCUUCGCCGGCUCCGGCUCCUCCGUGGCCGUCGACAAGCUCACCGUCGACAAGCCCUCCGCCCUCGUCGUCGCCGCCGUCGCACACGCCUUCGCCCUAUUCGUCGCCGUCUCUGUAAGCACUAACAUCUCAGGCGGCCACGUCAACCCUGCUGUUACGUUCGGCGCCUUCGUCGGCGGCAACCUCACCUUGCUCCGCUGCGUGCUCUUCUGGAUCGCGCAGAUUCUUGGCUCCGUCAUCGCUUGCUUGCUCCUCAAAUUCAUCACCGGCGGACAGGAUGUACCGGUUUUCAAACUUUCGAGUGGCGUGGGAGUGGGGAACGCGGUGGUGUUGGAGAUGGUGAUGACAUUCGGGUUGGUGUACACGGUGUACGCCACCACCGUUGACCCGAGGAGCAGGAGGGGUAGUUUGGGAGUGAUGGCGCCAAUUGUGAUUGGUUUCAUCGUUGGAGCGAAUGUUUUGGUGGGUGGGCCUUUUGAUGGGGCAUCCAUGAACCCGGCUGCAUCAUUUGGGCCUGCAGUGGUGGGCUGGAGUUGGAAAAAUCAUUGGGUUUAUUGGGUUGGGCCUCUCGUUGGCGGUGGGCUUGCUGGGUUUAUGUAUGAGCUCAUCUUUGUUAGCCAUAGCCGUCAGAGGUUUCGCAGAAGUUAUUAUUAAAAAAGAAAUGGAAAGGAAAGAUGGAAGCUCUUUGGUCCAGAGAUGAUACAUUGAUAUCUUUGUUGUGUGUGCAUGGUUUGUGUUUCUUGUGAUAAAUCAGUGGUAAUCAUGAACAUUCUUACAUUGCAUGUAAUAUUUGUUAAUAUUGAUGUGAUGUAUUCAACAAUUCAGGAACAUUUGUCGCCUUUAUCACAUUUUUGUUUAUGCAAUUGUUCCAAGAAACCAAGAAAACAUGGCUCAUGAGAAAAGGAAUAUGUUUCUCAUA